AUGUGUCUGGACUAUCAAGUGACGUUCCCUGAUUUGUACCCUGCGUGUGUGGCUAGUGAGUCUAAGCAAACUCCGUCUAGUGUCACAGAGGCUGAGCCGAUGGAUAUUGGUAUUGUUAAAUCGAACGAGUGUCGGCGGUGCGUACGUGCACACCGGCCGGGGGAGCGCUGUCCGUUUGUUAAGGCGAAAUGUUUCUACUGCAAGAAGUUUGGGCACAUUGCGGCGGCCUGCUCCAAGAAGCCAGGUCGGGAACACCAGGUCGACGAUAUCAGAGAAGCCAACGCGAGUAACACUUCGAUUGAGAAGAUGAUGGGCGUAUAUGUCUGUGUAGAAAAUUACUCACCACCUAUUACCACAGACGUUAUGAUAGACGGCGUUCAAAUAUCUAUGGAAGUGGACUCGGCUAAUAAGGAAGCACAAUGUGAACUGGUUGUGGUAUCCGGGAAUGGACCAAAUCUGCUGGGAAGGAACUGGUUCCAUGCACUAGGCCUUCAGGUAUCAGGUUUGUGCUGGACUGAAGAGGAGAUAGAACCAUACAGAAGAGACUUUCCUGAACUAUUUAGAGAAGGCCUUGGCGAGUACAAAGGUCCUGAGGUAAAACUUCACGUACGGCGCGAAGCUACGCCCCGUUUCUUAAAGGCUCGCGUUGUGCCCUACCCGCUUAAAGAAAAAGUAAUUAGACAAUUGAACGAGAUGGUGAAGGCGGGUGUACUGACACCUGUUCGUUAUUCUGAGUGGGCGACGCCAAUCACGCCGGUAAUAAAACAGGACACAACAAUACGUAUAUGUGGCGAUUAUCGUGCCACGGUGAACGCCGCUAUAGAUACAGACAUCUAUCCGCUACCGACGUCUGUGGAAGCGUUUGUAAGACUUAGUGGCGGCAGAAUAUUUAGUAAGCUGGACUUGAAAAACGCGUACACACAAUUGAAGGUAGACGACGAGACAGCGAUGAUGCUCACGCUGAACACUCCGAUCGGCCUAAUGAAAGUGAAUCGCUUGCCAUUUGGUGUGAGCGCGGCGCCAGCAAUUUUUCAACGCCUAAUGUCAACAGCGUUAGCGGGUAUGGAUGGAGUGGCGUGUCUGUUAGAUGACAUUGCUGUCACUGGAGCCACGAUGGAUGAACACAACUGGAGACUUAGAGAAGUGCUGAACAAGCUGCAACAGAUGGGACUCCGCCUGAACGUAAGGAAAUGUGUGUUCGCUGCGAACAGCAUUACAUUCCUGGGACACAUGAUUGAUGCAGAAGGACUUCACCCAGCACCAGCGAAAGUCAAAGAGAUUCAGGAAAAGUCAGCCCCAACGAACAGAGAGACCUUACGUGCCUUCCUGGGCUUAUAUAAUUUCUAUGAAAAGUUCUUGCCUGACAAGAGCACGGUGUUGGAACCACUAUAUCGACUUUUAGAAUCAAAAAGACCUUGGAGGUGGGGUGAGAAGGAACAAGAAGCAUUUGUGGAGGCGAAGCGAUUACUCUCUUCAGAGCGAACAUUGGUAGGCUAUGAUUUGCAAAAAGAACUACUUCUCAUUUGUGAUUCAUCGGAAUAUGGUCUCGGAGCGAUUAUUGCUCACGUCAUGGACGACGGCUCUGAGAGGCCGGUGAUGAUGGCCUCACGGACACUUCAGCCGCAUGAGAGACGAUAUGGGCAGAUUGAUAAAGAGGCCCUUGCCAUUAUAUUUGGAGUGACUAAGUUUCACGAAUUCUUGGCGGGUCGCAGAUUUUCUAUUGUGACAGAUCAUAAGCCGUUGGUGGGUUUAUUUAACCCUGCGAAACCAAUUCCAGACCAGAUUUCACCGAGAAUGUUGCGCUGGUCAUUGAAACUGUCCAGUUAUAAUUACAGCAUUAAAUACAGGCCUGGUAAAUUAAUCGGCAACGCGGACGCAUUGAGCAGGUGGACUGCUCCGGACACGUCGAGCGUGCAGGAGGAGGUGCUGCGCGACGUGCUGCUGCUGGAGGAGCAGCCGAGUGGCUGGGAGCUGGAUGCUAGUAAGAUAGCCGCGGAGACCAAUAGAGAUUUAGUAUUACAAAAAGUAAUGUUUCAUGUAUUGCACGGAUGGCCGCGAAGGAACAUGGACCCGAGCCUACAAGCUUAUUGGACACGGAGAGAGGCUCUUUCACAUAAUAAAGGUUGUUUAUUGUGGAGCAACAGAGUCAUAAUACCUACGUCCUUACAGGACAAAGUGUUAAAGUUGUUACAUGACCCUCAUGCGGGCAUUGUCCAAACAAAAACGUAUGCAAGAGGUUACGUGUGGUGGGUCGACAUGGAUCGGCAGAUUGAGAGAGUGGUGGCCAACUGUCAGCAAUGUCAGCUUGUAAGAAAUAACCCACCAAAAGAUCCGCAGAUAUGGAUAGUUCCAGAGAAGCCGUGGAGCCGUGUGCAUGUGGAUUUCGCGGGGCCCUUUCAAGGAAAAACUUUUUUAGUACUAGUAGACAGCUACAGCAAAUGGUUUGAGGCUGAAAUCGUACCAGGAAUGAAUAGUAGUACGGUGAUAGCUGUUCUAAGAAAAAUUUUCUCAUCACAAGGGCUGCCCGAAGUUUUGGUGUCUGAUAAUGGACGUGCAUUCACCUCGGAUGAAUUUAAUAAUUUUCUGAAAAGGAAUGGUAUUAAACAUUUGUAUUCACCGCCCUAUCACCCAGAGACUAACGGGCAAAUUGAACGCACGAUUCAAACAUUUAAAAAUAAAAUGAAGAAGUUAGGGAAUUUGGACAUGCAGUGGCAAGAGAGACUGUGCAAAGUUUUAUAUUAUUUACGGACGUUACCAAAUAGUUCCACGAACAAGACACCUGCCGAGCUACUGAAUGGGCGAAGAUACAGGACGGCCGUGUCGAGCCUACAUCCCGACUCGAUGCCGAGCCGCACCGAGCAGCAAUUGGAGGCGGCGGCGCAGCGCACGCCGACGCGGACUUUUACGCUGCUGCAGCCCGUGCUAAUACGCAUGUACGGGCCCGGGAACAAGUGGUGCCGGGCCACCGUGGAGACGGUAGAGGGUCCGACCACUUAUUUGGUAAGGACGGAAGAUGGCGAGCUGCAUCGGCGACAUGCAGAUCAAAUACUGGCCAGAUCGCAAGACACGUCUGAUAAGGGUUCACCUGUCAUUGACAGCCAGCCAGGCAACGAGACGGAUUCUGAACUAUCACAGGAUCCGCCGAUUGUGAUUCCACCGCCCGAAUUAUGGCCGGAUGUUGUAGGAAUUCCUAAUGAUUAA